CUCGACUGCACGUCUGCAGAUGGAAGGCGCACAGUAUAACUCGCUCUAGGUUUCUUUUUUACCCUCCACAGCAUGCAUGGCUUUUGUUUCUAGGAGAGGGGACAGAGCUGAUGCAGAGAAAAGCACUUACCUUACACACUGUACUUGGGAGCCCUUUGUAAGAGCCCGGGUGCACAGUGUGGCACUCAGUCUGCGCUCUGCAGCUGCAUAGACUAUGUUCAGACAGCACACGGCUGAAUUGAUUUUAUAACAGAAGGAAGAGACUCGCAGACAGAUAACAGAGUGCUCAGAGGAGAGCGUACUGUUCUGUCUUUGCUGUUUGAACACCUACAGAAGCUGGAAAUUAAAACUUUUUUUCCACACAUUUAGCCUUUUUAAGGCUACACUGGACUGAACUGUUUCCGAGUUUACUUCACAUCUCAGGAGUGAAUAAUUUCUUGCGCUUUUACUCAGCUCAAACUGAGGAGAAAAAGAGCUGAGUCUGCUUUAAAGUGAAACAGGACCAAACAGAGAGGGAGAGAGAAAGAGCAAGCACACCGCUCUCCCUCUGUGUACACAACCGGGCAGCAUGGUGCAGAAAAUGAACCACACAGAGAGCACCGCCGAGGCGCUGUCCUUCUUCGCCGGGGAUUCGAGCUCCGACUCCGGGGCGUGCAUGGACCUGGACCCCGCCGCCUCGCCUCUCUCCCCGGGCUCAACGGCUUCCUCCACGGCCGGGGACAAGCUGGGAGACAACCCGGCAUGGUGUAAAACUCCCAGCGGCCACAUCAAGAGACCCAUGAACGCGUUCAUGGUGUGGUCCCAGAUAGAGAGGAGGAAGAUUAUGGAGCAGUCUCCGGACAUGCACAACGCUGAGAUCUCCAAGCGGCUGGGGAAGCGGUGGAAGCUGCUCAGAGACAGCGACAAGAUCCCCUUCAUCAGAGAGGCGGAGCGGCUCAGGCUCAAGCACAUGGCGGACUAUCCCGACUACAAGUACCGGCCGAGGAAGAAGGUAAAAUCAAGCGCCUCCAAGCCCGGCAGCGGAGACAAGGGAGACAAACUCAACAGUAGCUCUAACAACACCAGCACUAAGUCAUCCUCAUCUUCGAGGAAGAAUGGAUCCAAAUCACCCAGCAGCAGCAGACCCCACAAAUCACUUUUCGGGAGCAGCAGCAGUAGCACCAAAGCAUCACCGUUUGCCUCUGAGCACCCAUCAGAGCACCAUCACAACUCCCUGUACAAGUCCAAAUCUGUCUCAGCAGCCAAGCAGAUACCGGAAGGCAAGAAGCCCAAGCGGGUGUACGUGUUCGGCAGCAGCCUGAGCGUAAGCCCCGCAUCCUCCGUCGUUGUCCCCGCCAGCCCCACGCUCAGCAGCUCGGCGGACUCAAGCGACCCACUCAGCCUGUACGAGGACGCGGCCAGCGGCAGGGAGGAGGGGGCAGCCUCCCCCGGCAGCAGCGGCAGCCUGGGCGGGUCUUCGGAGCGACACGGCGGGCACACAUACAGCAGCAGGCGGGCUUCCUCCCCUACUCCCUCCGGCUCCCACUCCUCCGUGUCGUCCCACUCUUCCUCCUCCUCUUCCUCGGAGGAUGAAGAGUUCGAGGACGACUUGCUCGACAUUAACCCGAGCCCCAGCUUUGAUAGCAUGUCACUGGGCAGCUUCGGCUCCUCGGUUCUGGACAGAGACUUGGAUUUGAACUUUGAGUCCGGCUCCGGGGGCUCCCACUUCGAGUUCCCCGACUACUGCACCCCAGAAGUCAGCGAGAUGAUCUCCGGGGACUGGCUGGAGUCCACCAUCUCCAACCUGGUGUUCACGUACUGAGCGAGGAGGCAAAAAGCGACAGGUAGCAAAAAAUAUGACCACAAACAGAAGCAGGGGUUCCUGGUUGGCUGCUGUGGGGGUAAUAGUUUGUGUUUAACUACACCAGACUAGUAGAAACCCACUGAAUUAGCCCCCAACCCUUCUCGUCCUUUAAAGCAAGAGCUGCAAAUCGUUGGAAAGCUAAACUUUAAAGCGAACAAGUUGCUUUUUGUACUUUUCUUCGGAUUCGUGGACUGAGAGGUUGAGAGGAGUGCAAAGAGGAGAUGGGGCGAAAAGGAGAGACUGUUUCCUGACAGAAACAAACACUCAGUCCUGAACUGUUUUUGAACUGAACAACUUAACUGUGAUUGAUUUGCACGUUACGCGGUCCGCCGUUCACUUAAUCAAUGUUGUUGCUGAUUUAAAAAGGGACAUUUCACAACUUUUUACCAAUCGCCAAGUGAACUUCACCACUAAAAGGUACAGAAAUAGGACUGUCGUGCGACAUUUUUUAUUGUGGUGUGUCACCGAUAGGGAUUUUUAAUGAAACCGAGGUGGGUUGAUGUUUUUUAAAAGUCGAAUAUUUUUCUCAAAAGCAAAAAACAUGUUACGCAUGAUAGCCUACUUUGUUCCUAUCUUGUGCUGAGAUUUUCUGUGAGACUGUCGAGCAGUUUAAAACUAGUAUUAGGGUUAUUUAAAUGGAUAGGUGGCGCUCGCUUUCAGUUCUUCUCUUUUUAAAAAAACGGACAUUGAAAUAAUCACCAGCUGUUGUAAUUUUUUAAACUUCAGGACUCAAACACAACUUCAAAUCUGUGCUGAACUUUAUACACGUGUUCUCUUCGAUUCAGGACCAAAAGUCUUUAAUUUCAAAUAAUAGCUAUAGAGAAAUCCUCACCGAUGUUUUUCAUCCUCUGAGCUUUUGUUUUGUACAUGUAUCAGAUGCCAUUUUAUAUGGGAUGUUGUAGGUAUUUAUAUACUGGGCCAAGCAUUUUUUAAUUUGUUGUAUACAUGAUCUAGUCCUGUUUUGUUUUCUUACACGGUUGUAUGUCUGUGUCUGUCACAUUUCCUUCUCAGGCGAAGGGCUAGAGUUUUAAAAACACAACUUUUGAUUUCAUUUUAUAUUUAAAUGUACACACUUUUUGGACACUUAAAAGAGAGGAAACAGUUUGAUUAUUUUCUCAGUGUAUUUUUGUACAAAUCUAUAUAGAAAAUGGGGAAGUCAACAAUCGGUGUGUGUAGCCUAACAAUACAGCUGUAUGGGAUUUCCUAAUUUUUAGUACCCAGGCAGGCUGGUUUUUAUGCUGCCUUCAAGUGCUCAUGAAAAACUCGUACUCAUGUUUUUUUUUAAAGACUGUUCAGAUGCUUUUUUGUAAGGACAGCCAGCAAAACAGACCUUGUAUCACUGUGGUGCCUAAUGCUCAGUUCAGAAAUUAAAGGCACCAAGCUACAUUUUCCUUUAGAGACUGUGCAGAGAAGAAAAUCUGAAUCAGGUGUGUAAAUUCUAUUUAAUCACUGAUUUGGCUCACUUUAUUUGACUUAAACCAGCAAAUACUGACAAGACGUAUUUGAUGUCCAAUCCUUGAGCAUCCUGUUUUGUCAGUAGAGGUAUGAGAUAUUCAACCACAGAGUUAUAAGGAUGCAAUUACGAUUUUCCGACAGCACUUGAAAGCAACACCAGUCUUUGUAUCAGCCUACCUUCUACGUUUACAGUGCCAGUCUGCAGGCUCCUUAAAGACACAGGAAUGCAUUAUUUCUAAGGCUCUCUCUGUGGACCAUGUGGGUUUAACAGCAUCCCUAUCUCAAGCAGCCAUUUUUUUCAUUUACCUUCAGACAUCUUGCCUAUGACAACAACAGAGGAGAUUGUAGCUUUAAAUUUGACUUAUUUCUUGAUGUUUUCAUUGACUGAUGUCAGAUUCGCCAUCAACCACUGGAUUGAACAGGCUAACAAUACAGCAAGCAAACAAGGAUGACAACAUCAAGCAUAUUCAAAUUUCUGACUUGAGUUCCGCAACACCUACUUGUACUGCGUUUCUCAUUGUAUUUGAAUAUAUAAUCUUUUCUACUUGUCGGCUAACUAUUAGCUAAUAAUUGUUUUAGUAUCUUUAUGGCAUGGUGAAUAGCAUUUGUAUUUCAGAUUCAGGUUACUAGCUGUUGUGUUUUUCAGAAAAAAAAGAAAAAAAUGAGGAAAAACGAUAAAACGUGAACUCGAUCUUUGUAUAUUUGACUGUAUCAUAAAGCAAAAAGAUUGUGUGUUUAUGUACGUUGUUGCUAUCGAGGACAGGCACUGUCUAGAACUGCUAUCUUUUACACAUCCUUACUUACAUUUAAGGUGGUCAGUUCAGGACUCUUUUUUAUAUAUAUAUGAAAGCAUUUUUAAAUAUAUUGACUUUAUUUUUCAUCCAUCCUGUGCAAUAUGCUGUGUAGAAUUAUCAUUUUAUUGUCUUUAAUCAUGCCAUAAACAAAGGAACCCCCCUUUGUUUGAGACUCAGAGAGAGGGGGGGAACUCAUGCCAGCUAAAUUGUGUCCAUUCACUGCCUGUCAGAUUGUUGAUAUAAACUUGUGUACAGACUUUUUCAAGGAAGGAAAUAAAUAUCAGC